AUUCUAUUGGCUAUUUUGUUGUUGGUGUUCUUCCUGAUAAUCGUCGUGCUCGCUGUCAAAGUCAACACGACGUCUUCGGACCUCCACGGUCGUUGCUACACUCCGGAAUGUCUCCAUAGUGCCGCUCACAUCAUACGUAACAUGGACCCGACGCAAGACCCGUGCCAGGAUUUCCAACAGUUCGCUUGCGGAGGAUUUCUCUCGAGGCAUCCGCUCAAUUCCACGUUGACGCGGAUCGACCUCCUGGACGAGGCUCGUGAGAAGAUUCGACUGCGUACGAAACAGAUCGUUGACGCUAUUUCACCGGACGAGGAGAAUUCGGCGACGACCGUCCGAAGUCACAUAGCGAAGUUCCUGCAGUCGUGUCUCGACGAGCGGAGCGUAUCCACGACUCCCGAUACCAAUAUGAUCACCCUAAUCAGACAGAUGGGAGGCUGGGAAGCGAUUUCGGCUACAUCAUACGAGCCGUCGUCUUGGAAAUUCGAUCAGACGCUCUCAUCGCUGAUGAAGGAAUACGCCGUGUUUCCAUUCUUCAAAGUGGACGUUACGACUGACGGUCGAGGAUCUCGGAUUCCUAUGAUCAAGAUCUCGCCUUCCGGAUUUGGUCUGGGAGCGAAUCGCGCCAACUACGAACGGAUCACUAAACCCUAUUUACGUGACGCUUACGUUAAGUUCAUAAAUAAGGUCAUCGAUGAACUCAAGGAUCGGAACAAGGACAUCAACACUGCUGAUAAAGGCCCCGAGAUUUUCUUCUUCGAGGAACGGCUCCUCCAGAAAUGGUCGGAAACCGUCCCGCGCAAUCUCUCUCGCGAUCACGUCUCAAGAACUCUCGGAGAGCUCAGGACCUAUGCCCCGAACAUCAUCUGGCGCGACGUCCUCGGGAGCUUGUUCCCUGGGAGCCCGAUCAACGAUAACUUCAGAGUCCUCAUCGAGGAUGAGGAAUACUUCAAAAACUUGGGCAGCAUCUUGUCCACGACCAGGGACGAUAUCAAGAACAACUACAUGAUCUGGCACUUCGUCAUGAAGUACGCGCCAUUCAUGAGCAAGGAGAUCCGUCUGGCUGAGGCCCGAUUCCGUGCCGAAGUCGCCGGAGGCUAUCUCGAUUCGCUGGAAUACAAGGACACUUUUACCAGAUGCCUGGACUUCACCGUCGAUUACUUUGGCUUGGGACUCGCUCAUAUCUUCAGAGACAAGUUCAACAGUCGGGAUUCGAUGAAAAGCGCUGAGAAACUUUUCAACAGAGUCGGACAAAUCGCACGCAAAAACGUUAAGAAUGUCGAAUGGCUCCAAGAGGCUAAGUUCCCGGCAAGCGAUCGCCUGGAGAAUCUCGCCGUCAAAAUCGGAUAUCCCGACGUUGCCGAUUCGGAUGCCCGAGUAAUGUCCUACUACAAAGAGGGACAAACUAACAGGCAUUUCCUCGACAACAUAAUGGAGCAGAACCGACUUCGCCUCAGGUGGCUGGCUGCUGCCAUGGAUCAGCGUCGGGAGCGUCAGAAUCCAGACCGGGCUGAGAUCGCGAAAAGUCUCCUGCCGUGGGGAUCCUUCUCUCCCCUCGAUAUCAAGCCGAGAUAUUCGUACAACCACAAUCAAGUUACGGUUCCUCUUGGAUUCCUCUACGAUCCCAUUUAUUCGUCGACUCAGAACCAAGCUCUCCAGCUCGCGGCUUUCGUUCGCGUCGCCCAAGAAGCGAUGAAAGCUAUCGACGGCUUCGGACUGCAGUUCAGGGACUUCGGCACUUCGCCGAACACCACCUUCGAAGCGCUCAAAGAGAAACUCAAGUGCAUCGAAGAGGAAACGGAGAACGAACUCUCUUCCCGAGGCCGAAUGAACAAAUUUGUCGAGGAAGCCAUCUCGGACAUCGCCGGACUCCGCGUAGCCUUAGACGCUCUGGACGAAGCCGGAGACAUCCCCAAACUCCCUGGCCUCGACUAUGAACCCAAACAGAUGUUCUACAUCGCAUAUGGACAGCUUAUGUGCGAGCGCAUGACCGAUUCUCGGGUCGCCUUCUUGAACGGAACGCUCAAAAGCGCUCCGGAAAGAUUGAGACUCCAUCGAAGCUUGCAACAAACGCCCGAUUUCGCCGAUGCCUUCAGCUGCUCCGGGAAGAGCAACAUGGUCGCGAGGAAUGCAUGCGAAAUUUGGUGAGGCGGGUUCAGCGCUUCGACUGAGUGCUUGGGUGGGUGUAUCGAGCGAAUGAGACUUGCGUGUUCAUGAAGCCUGCGAGAAAGAUGGAGAGAGGAAGAGGCAGAGAAAAAGAGAGAGUCGAGUACGAGAGAGACAUUCAGAGCGAAUCAAGACAAGAGAA